AUGGGCAAAACUGCUCACUGGAAACCUUCCCAAGCCGGUCUCUUGAUAUCAACGACAGUUGUGCUGUGCCUGUCCGACGAACUGUUGAAGAAACGUGGCUACCGGUACCUGCUUACAGGUAGACUGAUACAGGACUGUCUUGAAAAUAUUUUCUCUGUUGUAAGACUCAGGAAGCCCAUCCCAAGUGCGUACGAUGUGAAGUGUGCUCCAAAGAUGAUAUGUGUCAGCCAAUACUUGCACACGCCAACGUCAUCUAGCUAUAACGAGGAUGACAGCUUGCACUUAGCUGACCUCCUGGACCCCAGUAUCAAGGCACAAGUUGCGCAAGAAAGUAGGGAGAACGAGGAAGCAGAAGAGCUUGAAAACGUUCUUCUGUAUGCAACCACUGCAGUAGAACGUGACAUUCUUGCAUAUGUAGGAGGUUUUCUACUGAAGUCCAUCUUGAAAUUCAUUGACGAGUGCAAGGACAGCAAAGCGGCACUGGUAGGAAAUGACGAUAAAUACAGCACUCUCGUUAAGCUUAAAGAAUACGCUCAGGGCGCUGGAAAGCUCAUUCAGCCUAGCCCAGCUGUCAUGGAAGUGCUCACUGAAUGCGAAGAACACUUCAAGGCCUUUGCCGACGAAGACGGAAUUUUGGCGCUAAAAACCCCAUUCGCGAGCAUUUUGAGUGCAUUGCGCAGAUCAGUAACUGUGCGACUGGAGAGCUGCGAAAUCCAUCGUGCACAGGUAGAAAAGUCGCUGCUGGAAAAGUAUGUUAGGACAAGGCUAAAGAUUCAUCUUCGGCAAAAGCAGGUACAAAGGGUGAAUGGUCAGUCAAGUAAGACGUGUGCUGCAGUGAACCUUGAGUAGCAGCUUUUUAAAAGGCUCCAAUCCAAUUUAAAAAUUACUGCUUAUGAAAAGAACGCAUUUCUGUGAGCAUACUGUGUUGAAUCUGUCUGUUACUGUGCAAAUGAACAUUCGUGUAGCUGACUUCAUUUGUUCUUUUUGAUGAGCUGUCCUUGUGCAGGAAAUAUGCACGCAACAAUUGUUAUAUGUUUUAUGUGUAAUCAGCCUUGGAUUUUCGAUGUAAAUAAAAGUUCACUGAAACAAGCAACUUACCUUACGUAUCAUAACGUGAAGGCAUAUGUCGAAUUCGCUAAAAAGGGGGGAAAGUUGAAACCACAAUAUGACAUUUUACAAAUUUUGUGUGCCUCUUUUUAUGUAAUGUUUUGCUUUGCUCUGAUCUGUCUUUGUGCACAUUGCUGCU